AUGAGUGUGUUACUGGCGAGCCUCCUGGCGCUACUUUUCCCGGUCGACGCCAUCCGGGAGAAAAGCCCUUGCCGAGUCCGGGGCACCCGAGCCGACUGCAGCCGUCUGAGCCUGAGCGACGUGCCGCCGAACCUCCCCGCCAAUAUCACCGGCCUAGACCUGUCUCACAACCGCCUGAAGCGGAUCCCGCCGGACUCCCUGAGAAACUACUCAAGUCUCCUACACCUGGACGUCAGCUACAACAGCCUGACCGGCCUGGAAGGCGGGCUGUGCCAGGCGCUGCCCCUUCUGCGAACGCUCGACGUCAAUCACAACGAGGUGCACGUCAUCCAGGAAGAGGAUUUCGAGGGGUGUGGCAGCCUGACUGACUUUCGCCUGUCGGGUAACCGGCUGAAAAUGAAAGGGGAAGCCUUCGCUGGGCUGCAGAGUCUGAAACUCCUAGAUGUGUCGAAGAACAACCUGAACUCGGCCAAACUGGGUUCCAGGCCUCAGAUGCCCCAACUGGCCGAGCUCAGGCUGGGAUUCAACACCUUCUCCACUUUGGCCAAGGAUGACUUUGCUCUCUUUGGCAACUCCACGUCUCUGCGGACACUCAACCUGGAAUCGGCCACCAUCAAAACAGUAGAGCCGGGUUCCUUCUGGCCCAUUUCCCACCUGACUACUUUAAUCAUGGACGGUAGCAAGAUGGGAACGACGGCUAUCUCCAAACUUUGCUCGGCGCUGUCGGGAACGUCCAUCCGGUAUUUGUCCCUGCAGAAGAUGAAGCUAGUGACGCUCACCAAUGGCACCUUCAGGGAUUUGCGGGAAAGUAACGUCACUUUCCUGGACCUGUCCGGCAACGGCUUGGGGAAAAUCGAAGAGGGCUCCUUCCGCUGGCUCGGCAAACUGGAUGUUCUGGUUUUGUCGGACAACAAUAUCAAGCACUUAACCGAAGGGACUUUUCAGGGUCUAGGUGCUUUGAAGCGACUGGAUUUGCAGAGAGCGCUGGUGAAAAGUCACACCUCCGCCACGCCCAUCAUCGACGACUUCUCUUUCCGGCCGUUGGGUGACCUGGAGACGUUGUGUCUGCGGGGUACUUCGGUGCGGACGCUCACCCAGCGGACUUUCACGGGCCUGAAGAAUCUCCGAGAACUGGACCUGAGCUGGAGCAGCUACGCGUCGCUGAAGAGCAUCUCCAACGAGACGCUGGUCUCACUAGGAGGGUCGCUGCUGAUGCUCAACUUGACGGCGGCGGCCAUUUCACACAUUCAGCCAGGCGCCUUCUCCAGUUUGGGAAACCUCACCCACCUUCUUCUGGACUUCAACUUUAUCAGGCAGACUCUGAGCGGGGAAGAGUUCCGAGGCUUGGACAGACUCCAGGAGCUUCGCUUGUCCUACAACCACCAGACGCUCACCCUCAGCUCCUCGUCGUUCGUCGGCACCCCCGGACUGAAGCUCCUGACACUGAGUAAGAGUCUCACGGCCGCUUCCUUGAACUUAGAUCCAUCUCCGUUCCACGGCUUGGUCGACCUGGCUUACUUGGACCUGAGCAACAACAACAUCGCCAACUUGAAAGUCGAACUGCUGAGCCGACUCGUAAAACUGAAGGUCCUCAAGCUGCAACACAACAACCUGGCGCGCUUGUGGAAGGACGCCAACCUGGGAGGGCCCGUCUUAUACCUGAACGGCUUGGAGAACCUGACCAACCUGGAGAUGGACAACAACGGUCUGGACGAGAUCCCGGCGGGAGCGCUGAGCGGGCUGAGGAACCUGCGGGAGCUCACCCUUAGCAACAACCUGCUAAACUACCUGAAGGACUCCGUGUUCGACAGCCUGACCCUGCUGAAGGACUUACGCCUCCAGAGGAACUUGAUCACCACCGUGAGACCCGAGGUUUUCCGUACUCCCUUGUCCAAUCUCAGCUAUCUCCUCAUGGACAAGAAUCCCUUCGAUUGCACGUGCGAAAGCAUCCUGUGGUUCGUCACGUGGUUGAACACCACCAACGCGACUGACGUUCCCGGCUGGAAAGACCAGUACAGGUGCAACACGCCGCUGGCUUACUUUAAUCGCUCCGUCGCGGAUUUCGAUCCGCUCUCCUGCAAGGACGGUGCGCCGUUCUACGCGCUCUACGUUUUGAACGUUACUCUGGUGGCGUUGCUGACGGUGACGCCGCUCCUGAUGCGCUUCCACGGCUGGAGAAUCCGCUUCUACUGGAACAUCUUGGUCAACCGGUCUUUGGGCUUCAGCGACGGCAAGGCCGAGGAGGGCCGGCAAUUCGAGUACGACGCGUACGUCAUCCACGCCGAGGUUGACGCCGGCUGGGUGGAGAGAGCCAUUUUGCCCCUGGAGCACUGCGGGUGUCGCACCUGCCGCCAGGAGGAGGCCGAUUCGGCAGAGAGCGCCGAAUUGCGCCCGGAAUGCCACGCGUGCCGAUUUUACUUGGAGGACCGCGAUCCAGUGGCGGGAAUGUCCCAUCUGGAAUCUAUCGUGCAGAACAUGAGGAACUCCCGGAAAAUUCUUUUUGUCGUGACAGAGAGUCUCCUCCUGGAUCCGUGGUGCAGCCGCUUCAAGGCCCAGCAGGCCUUGCACCAGGUGAUGGAGGCCAGCCAGGACUCGGUCAUCUUGGUGUUGGUGCAGGACGUGCCCGACUACAAACUCUGGCUGUCGCUCUUUCUGCGACGCGCCAUGCUGAGGCGCCGCUGCGUUCUGCGCUGGCCCGUCGGCGAGGAGCGAGCGAUGGCCUUCCGCCAGCAGUUGCUCAUCGCCCUGGGGAAGACCGAUCCCUUUCCGCCCCUGCUUUAA